CAGCAGCUGCGCCGUAGCAUGGCAUCGAGGAGGAUGGAGACCAAACCCGUGAUAACGUGCCUCAAAACGCUGCUUAUCGUCUACUCCUUCGUCUUCUGGAUCACAGGGGCGAUCCUGUUGGCGGUGGGAUUAUGGGGGAAGUUCAUGCUGGGUCCGUAUAUCUCCCUGAUUGCUGAUAACUCCACUAACGCUCCGUACGUUCUCAUCGGCACCGGAACCACCAUCAUCGUCUUCGGCCUGUUCGGAUGCUUCGCCACCUGCAGGGGGAGCCCAUGGAUGCUCAAACUGUACGCAAUGUUCCUCUCGCUGGUGUUCCUGGCAGAGCUGGUCGCUGGCAUCUCCGGCUUUGUUUUCCGUCACGAGAUUAAGGGCACCUUUCUGAGGACCUACAACGAGGCUGUGCAGAACUACAACGCGCAGGAUGAGAGGAGUCUGGCUGUGGAUAAUGUCCAGAGGAACCUGCGUUGUUGUGGAGUAUUGAACUACACCAGCUGGUUUACCAGUGUCUAUUUCCCUGUUAAUGGAAUCCCCCCAAGCUGCUGCGUCAACAUCUCCGACUGCAACUCCUCAGACUUACGCAACGUUACCAUAGCGCCCAGCAAAGUGCACCAGCAGGGCUGUUAUGAGCUGGUGACUUCCUUUAUUGAGACUAACAUGGGCAUCAUCGCUGGAGUGACGUUCGGAAUUGCCUUCUCACAGCUCAUCGGGAUGCUGUUGGCGUGCUGUCUGUCACGGUUUAUCACUGCUAAUCAGUAUGAGAUGGUCUAGCAGAGCAGGUGCAGGGACAAACGGAGAGGGCAUACGUCAGACGUGGACACCUGGGAGGACGCCCAUGAAACUAGCACACUCCAUUCUUCUCUUCUUUCCUUUCUUCUUCUCAUCCCUCUCUCUUUCUCCUCUGAUUCCCUUUCUGCCUUUUCUUUUUCUGUCUUUGUUUCUCUCUCUCUCUCUCAGUAGUGCAUCAUUCCUAAUCGUGCGUUUGUCGUGCUGCGAUGGAGCUUCUCUUUCAGAACCCCUUAACUUUUAACUCAACACCAACACCACCAUCAUCUCUCGCCGCUGUGGCUCUCAGCUGUGUAUAAAGCCAUGCAUGCCGAAGCAGUUACACUCCAUCGGGUCUUUAGAUCCAAUUCAACCUGCAUUUUUAUCAAUUAACCAAGAUGUAAUUGACUUCAGUGCGUCGUAGGUUUAGCUCGAUAUGUUUUUCAAAAAGGAAAAAAAAAAAUAUUAAUUAGUUGUUCAAACGGCGGACGCGUUAACUCUUACAUCACACUCAGGGUGGGAAGAAGUUUAGACUGAACCAAUAGGUUUUACUGCUGUCCUUUUGUCUACAAACGUAAACAAAACAACAAACAACUGUUUUCCAAAUGAAAAAACAAUCCUAAAUCCCAAAGUUAAUAAGUGUUAAUUCACUUAGGUAAGCUCUGGAAAGCUAGCCAGCUAAACUACGCUUAGUUAAACUACAUAUAGCUAGUUUAGCUAAGCUACAGCAUAGCUAAAUGUAGUUUGCCUAAACGUAGCUUAGCUGUAGCUUAGCUAGACUAAGCUUAGCUAAAUGUAGUUUGCCUAAAGGUAGCUAAGCUCUGCAAAGGUAGCUAGCUAAGUUACAUUUAGCUAUGUUCAGCUAAGCUACGUUUAGGCAAAGUACAUCUAGCUAAGCUACGUUUAGGCAAACUAGCUAAGCUAUAAGCAUAUAAGAUAAACACGUUUUAAUUUCUCAAGUAAAGGUGAAAUUAAUCAUAACAUAGGAUUUCUUGUAUGUGUAACUUCGACUCCCAACACCCAAUGUACUAUGGAAAAAAGAACUGCUCUGUAGUGCGAUUUGAAACUAAACCCUUCAAAUGUUCUCUCACUUAGCUAGCUAACUAUGGUUAGCUAAGCUAUCCUAGGCCAGCUAUUUUUAUGACGUUUAGCUAGUGCUAUGUUUAGUGAGGCUACGUUCAGCUAAGCUAUGUUUAGUUACGCUACCAGUCACAUCUACUCAGAACAGGUUUUAUUUAUGUUAGUCUGCAGGUUAGCUAACUGUUAGCUGAGCUAUUUCACUUUACCUCAGAGACACUGUAGACAAGGUGAGAAAUACAGGGGGUCUUGGGGUUUCCGAAAACUCCUAAUUAACCUCUUGGACCCCAUGAAUGUCUCAAAAUCAAAAUUCUGGGGGUCCCUGAAACAACUUAUGACAUUAUGCUGCCUGUUAGAGGGAAAAAUAGAUGGUCAAAGGCAAAUUCAGGAAAAGGUCAUAGUUUAGCUGCUUCACCCACAACAAGAGCUUCUUUCUUUGGUGUUCUUAACUAACUAGAGCUCCAGCACUGCGCUGCCUCAUGGUGGCGCUGUAGCACAUCAGUUUAUCCAGUCGGUCCUUCGUAGCCUAGCAACUGUAACUCUGCCCAGGAUUCCUCUGAAAAACUUUAUAAUGUUCUGUAGCACAUCUGUAAAUCUGAAAAUUUGCCCAAACAAGAUAACAGCCCACCAACGCUGGGGAAACCAGUCAACAUGGGACCCUCCGAACACCAGGGGUGUUUCCCACACUGAUCGCAUUCAGUUUCUACCCUGUGAGUGAUGUAAUAAGCAAGACGGCCGCCGUGUGAACGAGGAGGUUUUUUCGUUGUCGUUGUCGUUCCUGUACGUUUGCUGUAGUAAAGUCUUUUGGUGGAGGGACGUGUCUCGGAAAGGUCACGUUCGGUUCGGUCUCCUCUUUCUCUCCUUCUUCACGGAACCCUGUCCGCAUCUCUCCGCCCCCAUUUCAGUGCCAUCGGAAAAGCUCCGUCUCUGAGUGUGGCUCUAAAUCUUCUCGUGCGCGUCGCUGUGGCCGUGGGUGCUCGUGCCGCCUUUUAGAAGCUUGUUCUCUCGGUCUGAGAUCGCUGGUGUCCACCUCUCCUCUCGCCUUGGGUUUGAGAAGGGAACGAACAGUGCGUCCCCAACAAGUACCUUCAGCCAAGCUACAGUACACACUUAAACAAGAUGGUUCUUCGAGGGUUCCUCAGUCAAGGCAAUGGUUCUGUGUAGAAAUAUGAGUUCUACAUAGAACAAUUUCAUGCUUAAAUGGUUCUUUGCAUGUGGAAUUGGCUAGCAUUACUGCUACUGAGUGCUUAUUGGUUAGCAUCACUGCUACUGACUGCUGAUUGGUGAAGUGGUUCUUCAGAUUGAUGGAGAAUGUGUUGCAUGAAAUGGUUCUAUAUAGAAUCAAAAAGGAUUCUGCUGUUUUCAAGCUAACAAUAACAACAGAAGAACCAUAUACAACACAUUCUCCAUCAAUCUGAAGAACCAUCUCAACAUGCACAGGACCAUUUAGGCAUAAAAUGGUUCUAUAAGGAACCCAUGGUUCUAAAUAGAACCUUUGCCUUUACUAAAGAACCAUUGAAGAACCGAUCUUAACUUAACUAGCUAGCAACACAAAUGUUUCUGAUCAUGGAUGCAAUUGAUAAAAAAAUUUGAGAAAACUUACCUGUAACUUUCCGUUUUUUUCUGCAGCAAACAGGUUCUGGACUGUAGGAUGCUAACAUUAUUGUACUGAAUGCUAAUUGCUUAGCAUUACUGCUACUGAGUGCUGAUUGGUUGGCAUUACUGCUACUGAGUGCUAAUUGGUUGGCAUUACUGCUACUGAGAGCUGAUUGGUUUACUACUGCUACUGAGUGCUGAUUGCUUAGCAUUACCGUUACUGAGUGGUUGGCAUUACUGCUACUGAGAGCUGAUUGGUUAGCAUUACUGCUACUGAGAGCUGAUUGGUUAGCAUUACUGCUACUGAGAGCUGAUUGGUUUACUACUACUACUGACUGCUGAAUGUUUAGCAUUACUGCUACUGAGUGCUGAUUAGUUAGCAUUACUGCCACUGAGCGCUGAUUGGCUGGCGUGCUCAUAUGACUAUGGCUUUGUACAAAGGCUCCGUAGGAACCCAUUCAUUUUGGAUUCAGGAGCGCCCUCUAGCUUCUGAUCAAGACAUUAUUGUGAUGAUUCUCCUCACUACACAUUCUCUGGCUGGUGCAUGAUGAUGUCAUCAAAAAUCAAAGGAAGUUCUGGAGGUGGAGUUAAAGUCAUUACAUUGUGAAGGAAAACAGAAGAAAAAAAGAAUUUCAUCUUUUAAAUUUUUAAUAAUAUGAUGAAUGAAGCUUAAUAUGAACAUGUAAUAACAAGGAAGUCUGGUCAGUUUUGAUUUCGGGUGGGCUUUAAGAACAGAAUAAGGAGAAAGCUGUACUAUUUGGGUAAACCUGGGCUAACGCUAAGGGCUUGCUUAAAAAUUCAUCAACCUCAAUAUGCGUGAUUUCUAAAAUAUUCAUAAUAAAAGCAGUUUAGGAAAUUCUUAAGCUUCGAAAUAGUGAAUAUUUGAGAGUUUUUAAAUGCAUCUACAGAUAGUGCAGUGAGGUGACGUAGGGUUUCAGGCCAAACUGGACGUUGGUUGUGGAGAUCUAGAAUCGUCCAGGCUUUCUAGAAACGGCUGUAAUGCUAGUACAUGUUGGUUUGUUGGUCUCGGGCUGAUUCACUGAGGACUGGUGGAGAACAGCUGCCAUCUCAGACUCACUUUCUGCUUGAACUGAACUGUGACGUGAGUUAAAUUCAACCCAGGCUGCUGGCUCCGUAUUUAAAUCUGUGUUUGUGUGGCUAGUUUUUUUCUCUUUUUCUUUUGUUUUGAUAUUCCUUAUUGUUUUGCCUUUGUUUAUUAUUACUACUAUUACUAUUAUUACUAUAAUAAUAUUAUGUUUUAAACGACAUUUUACAGCUUCCCCCCUGUUUUGGUGGAUCAUUCAGUAUUACUUAGUCAGUAAAAAGCAUAGUCUGUGAAUACGCUAGGUCGACCUCACAAUCCGAAGACGGACAAGCGAACGAAUAAUAACAACAACUUUGUAUAAUAAGACUUAAACUUUUUAAAAACGCAUCACCAGCUAGCAUGCCAACAAAAUGUAUGUUGAUAUUGUAAACAACUGUGAUCUCUGUUAAUAAAAUGGUCAUUUCAUCGUUGA